GAGACCACGAACGACGGAGCCAAUUAGCGUGGCUGUCAAACCUGGAGCCCGAGGAUGACUUCGAGAGGUAUUUCGUGCAGAGACAUCCGGGAACGGGGAUGUGGUUGGUUGAGUUGACGGAGUUGAAAGAGUGGAUUGAUGACGUGAAGCAUUGCCUUUUGUGGUGUCAUGGCUCUGCCGGCGUAGGGAAAUCUGUUAUUGCAUCCAUCGUUAUAGAGGAGACGAGGUCCCUAUAUCUACUUGACCCCCGUGUUGGGAUUGCCUUUUUCUUUUUCAGCUUUCAGGCCGAGUCGACGCCUGUCCAGAUAUUAUCAACAUUGAUCAAACAACUCUGCCGUCGAACAAAGGAUAUCCCUCAGCACAUAUUGGAUCUCUACACUCGAUGCACAUCCGAUGACCGCGCCCCGCGAUUGACAGAGCUUGAAGACCACUUCGAGAAGACGAUCGGAUGUUUCGACCAGGUCUUUCUCGUGAUAGACGCGAUGGACGAGUGCAAGAAGGACUACCGCAAAAGUUUACUCGUAUACAUAGUGCGCAUCUUCCAGAGCUCACCGAGAAAGCUGAAGUUGUUCGUAACCAGCCGCCCGGAGCCGGAUAUCAAGGAGGCCUUUGGGUCGGAGACAUUCAGAACCAUUACGGUCGAGGCGACGAAGGUGAAAGCCGAUACGGCAUCCUACGUAACAUAUGAACUGGAGAAUCGCAGUCAUCCUUAUUAUAAUAUUCACACGGAUUCUAGUCUGAAGAAGCAAGUGGAGGACGCGCUGGUGAAUCAAUCGAACGGAAUGUUUCUGUGGGUGAAAUUUCAACUGGACCACAUCUUUGAGCUGCCGUCAAAGCUUGAUAUUCAAAACGCAUUGCAACGGCUCCCUACCAACAUGACAUCAACCUACCACCGUAUCCUGAUGAAGAUCAAAUCUCAACACCCCACAAUGGUGGAAUUAGCUCGGCGAGCGUUGGUCUGGGUGAUCACGGCGACGCGGCCGCUCAAUACUGGAGAGUUGGCUAUUGUGAUAGCCAUUGAAUCGACAACGAGAAAACUCGAAGAGCUCAAAGGGAAAUAUCAGGACCAUGUAGCCAUCGACGCAUGCUGCGGCCUUCUUAACAGCGAUGACGGAUUUGUAAGGCCGAUUCAUUUCACUGUGAAGGAGUUUCUCAACGACAACUUCGAGUUUAUCCCCGAUGAGAGCGAAGCCAACUCGGAACUUGCGAGGCGGUCAAUUUCCCUCUUCCUCUGUGAGAACUUCCGCCAGAUCCAAAGCCGUCAAUGGAUUCUAUAUGCUGAGGGAACUUUGAAUGGUGGCCUGGCCUAUAUAUUCUCAAACUGGGAUAAGCAUCUUCGAAGGGCACCAUGGCCGCUAACAGCGGGUUUAAUAGCCUUGCUAAAAACCCUCUUUGAGUGCGAAAACUAUAUUGCCCCUUAUAUAGCAAGGAACAGAAAUUUUCCGCAAGUAUUCAGCGUGUUGAGCUUUUGUGCCCUGUUCGACAUUCUGAAUGUCUACACCGAGCUCUAUACCCUCAAUGGCUUUACUGUAGAUUCAACGCAACUGAAGCAUGCGCUGGAUGACGCUGCUCGUGGAGGCUCGGUUGAUGCCGUUGACCGGCUGCUCAGCCUUAUGAACGAGGCCGAUAGCAAGGGCCAUUAUUCGAUCAUCGAAGCGGCUGGGAAUGAGCAACUGGAAGUAGUCCGCUUCUUCAUCAGACGAGAUACCGGCAUUACAUUUUACGGCAAUGCACUUCAGGCAGCGGCCUCACGUGGCCAUGAGGCGGUGAUACGGUUGCUCUUGGAGAAAGGGGCGGAUGUCAACGCCCAAGGUGGAGAAUACGGCAAUGCACUUCAGGCAGCGGCCUCAAGUGGCCUUGAGGCGGCGAUACGGUUGCUCUUGGAGAAAGGGGCGGAUGUCAACGCCCAAGGUGGAUUUUACGGCAAUGCACUUCAGGCAGCGGCCUCAAGUGGCGAAGAUACUGCGGUCCGGUUGCUCUUGGAGAAAGGGGCGGAUGUCAACGCCCAAGGUGGAUGUUACGGCAAUGCACUUCAGGCAGCGGCCUCACGUGGCAUUGAGGCGGUGAUACGGUUGCUCUUGGAGAAAGGGGCGGAUGUCAACGCCCAAGGUGGAGAAUACGGCAAUGCACUUCAGGCAGCGGCCUCAAGUGGCGAAGAUACUGCGGUCCGGUUGCUCUUGGAGAAAGGGGCGGAUGUCAACGCCCAAGGUGGAUGUUACGGCAAUGCACUUCAGGCAGCGGCCUCACGUGGCAUUGAGGCGGUGAUACGGUUGCUCUUGGAGAAAGGGGCGGAUGUCAACGCCCAAGGUGGACAAUACGGCAAUGCACUUCAGGCAGCGGCCUCAAGUGGCGAAGAUACUGCGGUCCGGUUGCUCUUGGAGAAAGGGGCGGAUGUCAACGCCCAAGGUGGAGAAUACGGCAAUGCACUUCAGGCAGCGGCCUCAAGUGGCCAUGAGGCGGCGAUACGGUUGCUCUUGGAGAAAGGGGCGGAUGUCAACGCCCAAGGUGGAGAAUACGGCAAUGCACUUUGGGCAGCGGCCUCAAGUGGCGAAGAUACUGCGGUCCGGUUGCUCUUGGAGAAAGGGGCGGAUGUCAACGCCCAAGGUGGAAAAUACGGCAAUGCACUUCAGGCAGCGGCCUCACGUGGCCAUGAGGCGGUGAUACGGUUGCUCUUGGAGAAAGGGGCGGAUGUCAACGCCCAAGGUGGAGAAUACGGCAAUGCACUUCAGGCAGCGGCCUCAAGUGGCCAUGAGGCGGCGAUACGGUUGCUCUUGGAGAAAGGGGCGGAUGUCAACGCCCAAGAUGGAGAAUACGGCAAUGCACUUCAGGCAGCGGCCUCAAGUGGCCAUGAGGCGGUGAUACGGUUGCUCUUGGAGAAAGGGGCGGAUGUCAACGCCCAAGGUGGAUUUUACGGCAAUGCACUUCAGGCAGCGGCCUCAAGUGGCGAAGAUACUGCGGUCCGGUUGCUCUUGGAGAAAGGGGCGGAUGUCAACGCCCAAGGUGGACAAUACGGCAAUGCACUUCAGGCAGCGGCCUCAAGUGGCCUUGAGGCGGCGAUACGGUUGCUCUUGGAGAAAGGGGCGGAUGUCAACGCCCAAGGUGGACAAUACGGCAAUGCACUUUGGGCAGCGGCCUCACGUGGCCAUGAGGCGGUGAUACGGUUGCUCUUGGAGAAAGGGGCGGAUGUCAACGCCCAAGGUGGAGAAUACGGCAAUGCACUUCAGGCAGCGGCCUCAAGUGGCCAUGAGGCGGCGAUACGGUUGCUCUUGGAGAAAGGGGCGGAUGUCAACGCCCAAGGUGGAGAAUACGGCAAUGCACUUCAGGCAGCGGCCUCACGUGGCCAUGAGGCGGUGAUACGGUUGCUCUUGGAGAAAGGGGCGGAUGUCAACGCCCAAGGUGGAAAAUACGGCAAUGCACUUCAGGCAGCGGCCUCACGUGGCCAUGAGGCGGUGAUACGGUUGCUCUUGGAGAAAGGGGCGGAUGUCAACGCCCAAGGUGGAGAAUACGGCAAUGCACUUCAGGCAGCGGCCUCAAGUGGCCAUGAGGCGGCGAUACGGUUGCUCUUGGAGAAAGGGGCGGAUGUCAACGCCCAAGAUGGAGAAUACGGCAAUGCACUUCAGGCAGCGGCCUCAAGUGGCCAUGAGGCGGUGAUACGGUUGCUCUUGGAGAAAGGGGCGGAUGUCAACGCCCAAGGUGGAUUUUACGGCAAUGCACUUCAGGCAGCGGCCUCAAGUGGCGAAGAUACUGCGGUCCGGUUGCUCUUGGAGAAAGGGGCGGAUGUCAACGCCCAAGGUGGACAAUACGGCAAUGCACUUCAGGCAGCGGCCUCAAGUGGCCUUGAGGCGGCGAUACGGUUGCUCUUGGAGAAAGGGGCGGAUGUCAACGCCCAAGGUGGACAAUACGGCAAUGCACUUUGGGCAGCGGCCUCACGUGGCCAUGAGGCGGUGAUACGGUUGCUCUUGGAGAAAGGGGCGGAUGUCAACGCCCAAGGUGGAGAAUACGGCAAUGCACUUCAGGCAGCGGCCUCACGUGGCAUUGAGGCGGUGAUACGGUUGCUCUUGGAGAAAGGGGCGGAUGUCAACGCCCAAGGUGGAAAAUACGGCAAUGCACUUCAGGCAGCGGCCUCAAGUGGCCAUGAGGCGGCGAUACGGUUGCUCUUGGAGAAAGGGGCGGAUCUCGACGCUCAAGGUGGGGAACAUGUCAACGCUUUGCAGGCAUCGAUCGCAGAUGCAAGGAACGGUAUAGCGCAGCUAUAAGUGCGGCGAGGGGCCCUCGAUUAGCGACAAUGGAUAGGCGUUGCUUGAUUUUUCAGUUGCUGUUUUGUGAUGGACGUUUUCGGCUUGAUGGAGCAUUUUAAGCUGCGCAGAGAAUAUAAGAUGGCGAAC